AUGGCUUCAGCCUUGUUAUUCGUUGUAGUUUUCAUAGCAGUUUGUGCUUCUCAAGUGUCAUACUGCCGAGAACUCCAUAACCAUAUCGAUGAAGAUGCCAUCAAAGCCUUGUCGAGGAGACAUGAAGAGUGGAUGGUGACACAUGGAAAGGUGUACAAGAGUGCCCAAGAGAAGGAGAAGCGUUUCAAUAUCUUUAGAGAAAAUGUCAACUUUAUCGAGUCCUUCAAUAGUGAUAAUGCUAAUGAGAAAAGGCCUUUCAAAAUAAGUAUGAACAAGUUUGGGGACCUUGCUAACGAUGAGUUUAGGGCUAUCCGUAAUGGAUACAGACCAAGGAUCAGAUCAACCACCACUACUACUACUACAUCAUCAUCAUCUUCAUUUAUGUAUGAAAAUGUUAGUCACUCUUCGGUUCCUUCUAGCAUCGAUUGGAGGGUGAAAGGAGCUGUCACUCCCAUCAAGGACCAGCAAAAAUGUGGUAGUUGCUGGGCGUUCUCAGCCGUGGCAGCUACAGAGGGAAUCACCAAAAUAAGCAAAGGCAAACUAAUCUCCCUAUCGGAGCAACAAAUCCUCGACUGUGACACCACCCCUGAGGCCCAAGGAUGCCAAGGCGGCCUAAUGGAGAGCGCCUUCGAUUUCAUAGCCAAAAACGGAGGCAUCACUUCCGAAUAUGUCUACCCUUACCAGGCAGAGCAGAGCACGUGUGUCUCCACAAAGAGCUUCUAUAGCGUGGCCAAGAUCAAGGGCUACCAAACCGUCCCCGAAAACAGCGAGGCCGCGCUGCUCAAGGCGGUGGCGCACCAGCCUGUAUCGGUGGCCAUCGACGCAGGAGGCCAAGCCUUCCAGUUCUACUCCAGUGGUGUUUUCACUGGUGAUUGUGGUACCACGCUUGACCAUGGGGUUGCCGCCGUUGGUUAUGGUACGGACGAAGACGGCACCAAAUACUGGCUUGUUAAGAAUUCCUGGGGUACCAGCUGGGGAGAACAGGGUUAUGUAAGGAUUCAGAGAGAUGUGGAUCAGAAAGAAGGUCUUUGUGGUAUCGCCAUGGAUGCAUCCUACCCUAUUGCCUAG